UCCAAACCUUUAGCGAUGUACAGAUUGAUGCGAAAUUCAUACAUUUUAUAUGCAUGUCAUGGAACUGACCAACCUGACCCUGUUUUUCUAUCUAAAUAUAAGUGAAAACAAGCAUUGGAUGGAAGAAGUGUAUUGAAGAGAUGGGGACUAGCUGGUCACAAGAUGAGGCCAAUAACUCACAGUCGCAGCCAAGUGAAGAACCAAGUAAUAACAAGGCAGUGGAGAAAGCAACGGAAGCAAAGCCUGCUCCUAGUGGCUCUAAACCCAUAGCAGUGGAGAAAACAGCUCCUGAUCACCAGGCUAAGCUCUCAGCUAACAACAGCAACCAUGAAGUCACAGUUGUGAAAGAAGUUAAGGAAAUGGAGAAAAAGACAGCAACACAACAAGUGAAACAGCAGCUUCCACACAACUAUGAAGCUAUUGUGAGACAUGCUGACUCAACCAUCAACAAAUCCUCAGUGGAAAACCUCCUUGAACAGCUCCAUGCUGGAAUAACCUUAAACCAAAAGAGAAAGAAGUAUUGGGUUGACAAGAAGUCCAACAACUGCUUUAUGGUGUAUGCAAGGGAUCUCUUGAUCACUUGGGCUGAAGACAAUCGUUACUGGCUCUGGCCCUCCCUGCAAGAAACCAGUGGUGUCGUCAUUGAUGCUGCUGAACUGAUUAAUGUAUGUUGGCUAGAAGUGCAUGGAAAAUUUGAGACCUCAAAGCUGUCACCAGGAACUCUGUAUGAAGUUGUGUUUGUGAUCAAGCUGAAAGCUUCAGGUUAUGGAUGGGAUGUUCCAGUGAAUGUCAGACUCACUCUUCCAGAUGAUAGCAUACAAUGGCAAAAAGUUAAUUUGAUGGAAAUCCCAAGAGAGCAAUGGAUAGAGAUUUCGGUUGGCGAGUUUAGAGCAUCACCCGAAAAACCUGGGGACAUGGAGUUUUCGAUGUAUGAAUAUGAUGGUGGGAAAUGGAAGAAAGGACUUGUUAUCAAGGGUGUUACCAUUCGGCCUAAAAACUAAGUUGCAGAAUACUCUAACAACUUUGCUUAUGAGCAGAGAUGAUUUUCUGAGUUUUUCAUAUGAAGACAGAAAUGAGAGAAUUGCAUAUGUAAGAAAUGAUCAGAACAGAAUAAUGAAACAAUGAUACAACUCACAUUUUUGCUUUCUCA